CUUUCUUGGUUUCUCCAAUCUCUGAUUCCAUAUGAUCCGAUCCUAAUCCGAGGGAAAAACAAGACCAUUUCUUUUUUCGUUUCUGCCGUAGUACUACAACAUGGCUUGACGACGACAAUUCGUCUUGGUCCUCCGUUGGAUUCCAUAGUAGGGUAGGAUUAAUCUCCUGGAAUGUCGACGGAUAUCAUGUGUCAUCAUCAAUAGAUGGAAAGAGGGGCUGGCAGCUGAGAUGAGUGGAGGGCAUGGUGAUGCUCGGAUGGCUUCAGGUAAGAUGGCAAAGCUGAAGGAGUUGUUGGACAGAAGUGAAAAUCGCAUUUGUGCUGACUGCAGCGCACCUGAUCCCAAAUGGGCAUCAGCUAAAAUUGGAGUAUUCAUAUGCGUAAAAUGUUCUGGCGUUCACAGAAGUCUCGGUACACAUAUCUCAAAGGUCCUGUCAGUGACACUAGAUAAGUGGACUGACGAUGAAAUCGACUCCAUGGUAGAAGUUGGUGGAAACUCGCAAGCCAACGCAAUCUAUGAGGCCUUUCUUCCAGAAGGCUACCGCAAGCCACACCCAGAUUCCGCACAGGAAGAUCGGCAAAAUUUUAUCAAGUCCAAAUAUGAACUUCAAGAAUUUCUGGAGCCAAGCUUACGGAUCGUCUCUAAUCAUCCUAGCAAUGCCGGAAAACAAGCAUCCAACUCACAUUCUGGUAGCUCCAAGAGUGAGAUUGGCAUGGUUGAGUUCAUCGGGAUACUGAAUGUCAAAGUCAUCGGAGGCACCAAAUUAGCUAUCAGAGAUGUGUCUAGCAGCGACCCCUAUGUUGUCUUGACCCUCGGACAACAGAAAGCGCAGACUUCAGUGAUCAAAGGAAACCUGAACCCCGUCUGGAAUGAAGAACUCAAGCUCUCUGUUCCUCGGAAGUACGGGCCUCUGAAGCUGCAAGUGUUGGACCACGACAUGGUGUCCAAGGACGACCUGAUGGGGGAGGCCGAGAUCGACCUGCAGCCCAUGAUCAAUGCGGCAGCAUCGUUUGGAGAUCCAGAACUGCUCGGCGACAUACAGAUCGGCCGGUGGCUCAAGUCCGGGGACAACGCUCUAACCGCCGACAGCGCUGUCAUGGUGACCGGAGGCAAGGUGAAGCAGGAGGUCUCCCUGAAGCUGCAGCACACCGAGUCGGGGGAGGUGACGGUGGAGAUGGAAUGGAUGGCUCUAAACAUUUAGAGAAUCCCGAUAUACGAUGGCAAAUUUGUAUUUUGCUGCAAAGGAUCCAUUGAAUCGACUUUUUGGGAAAAAUAAUAAUUUCUGCUACUAGUAGCAAGCAAUCACAAACAUAAUUUGAACUCAAGUUUCGCAGAGAAAAAGCAGUUUCGGUGAA